UAUGAAUGCUAACCAAUCUCAUACUUUUUACCCUCAAUCUUCUCCUAAAGCUAAAGGGAAGAUGAAUAAAUUGACAACAAUUCAGGAGGAAUUAUUAAAGAGAAAAAGUAAAAUUACCAACAAAUUUAUGAAUCCUGGCUCGUUUCAUUCUCCUAAAAACGAAUCUCAAGUUCAAAGGAAAAGAAGGCAAGUAUUAAAGACCCAAUCACGACUUAAAGGGCAGUUGCAAUCUCCUAUUAAUAAGCCUAACAAAAGCAUCUUUGAAAUUUCAAAUACCAAUGCCAAGAAAGUUCAAAUGUUUGGAAACAAAAGAACUUCUUUGAACCCCACAGCAUUAUUUAAUAACAAUCUGUUUGACAGAUCUCCAGAGACAAGAGAGACAAGGAAUUAACUCUAAUAACAGCAUUAACAAGCACCAUAAUAUUUCAGAAUUUAUUAGUUCUCAUGGUUUAUCAUCCCCUCCUCCCAUCCAUAAAUCGCAUAACAGAAGUAGAGUGAUUGAAGAUCCUCAUUCUAAAUCUAUACUAGUGUCUCCUAUACACAGAAAUUCUGUUUUUAACUCUCCUCCUCCAACAAGACCUUCUGUUAUGAGUCCUCUAAAUGCUCGGAGAAAGACGAAUCACGGCCAGUCUAUCAGCAGGAAUCCUAUUCAAAACAACUUUAGCUUGCAAAGAGAUAAAAUUCCUAGGAACAACCAAAGAAAUAGCAAAAUCCUCAACCCCAAAAUUCAAGGAAAAAUCAGAAGAAGUAAUGCUAAAGAUAGUACAGCUAAGGAUAAUAGGUCUGGAAGCAGUGACCAUUACCUAUCGUUCCAACAUCAAAAUAGAAGCAGUUCAAAAAUGGUGGAUCAUGAGUUAUAUACUAUCAGAUCACUUGUUACAAGAGGUUUGAGAAUCUAUCACAUGGCCAAUACUUUAUCAAAGAUCUUACCUCCUUCUGUGAAAUACAGAAGAGAUGACCUUAAGGAUAUUCUUAGAGACAAAUUUCUUCUCUCAGGCUUUGAAGCGGGAAAAUUUGCAGAUUAUCUAUUUCACGAAGCUGGAAAUGUAUUAAAGCUUGACUUUGCCGCUCAAAGAAUCUGAGAUUUUUGAAGAUUUGAUCAAAAUGUUAAAAGAGAAGAGAACAUAGUUUCAAACAUCAUAACCUCGAUUCACUAUUCUAAUGAUCAAAUAGGUACAUUUGUCAAAUAAAUUAAGAGGUUGUCUCUCUUCUGGCCAGAUAUUGCCUAGUGACAUUAGGAUGUCAGCUUUUGAAUGAGGAGUUAUAUUUGAUACUGAAAAACUAUGAGAUUAUUUCCUUGGAGUAUCUCUCAGUUUGACUCAAAUUAAUGCUCAUGAACUUCAAACUCAAUUCAUUAAUAAUGUGUUUAAUGAGAAUGCUGAAGAAAGUAAAACAAUAAUAGAAAAGAAAAAGAGUGAUAAAGGUGUCAACAAAACAGUUAACUUUAACAGAAAGAAGAUUCUGUCUAAGAAUAUUAAGCCAAAGAUCAACGUAGGAAAAAUAAAAUUCAAGAAUUCUCAAUCCAAGCAUCCUCAAUCUAAGAAAUCAAGAGUAAUAUCUAAAUUUCACCUAGGAAUGAUCAAUAAAGAAGACUACUCAGAAGAUGAAGUCAAAGAUGCAUUUCUGUAUUUAUUAGAGAAAUUCUUCAUUAAUAAAUACAGAAUAUCCCAGGUCCUUGGCCCUUACAUUAUUGAUAAAGUCUAUGACGGGAGAGAAUACCAAUUAAUAAAAAGAAGCAAGCUUUUCAGUGCGUUUGAAAAGUUUAAAUUACUCAAAAAUGAAAAUGCUGAGAAUAUUUUAAAAUCACUAUUCCAACCGUUAAUAGAAGACUUGAUUGAUGUUAAUAAAAUUAGAGAGACCUUCUCAGAAUUAGGAAUUUGUGAAGAACUUCCUCCUAAAAAUAAGCAUUUAGAUUAUGCUUCCAUCACAGGGCCUACAAUCAGAAUCUUUAAUAGAAUGAUAAAAUAUAUGGAAGAGAACAAAAUAGAUGGAAUUACUAAGAUUUUAAGAAAAUCAAUGUUCAAAAACUUUCAAGUCGAAGUAACCCAAACAAAAAGAACUGAAUUUGUACCUACUAUUGAUGCAGAACGAUUAUCUAAGCUUUUCAGAGGUCUGGAAAUAAUAGAUCCAUCUGAAGACCUGGAUGAAGAAUUCAUCUCCUUCUUAGAAUUAAGCCCUGACAAAGAAAAUUUUAUAAUGAUAGCAAAGCUUAAAAAGGCACUUAAGGAGAUAAAAGCUUGAAAAUAUUUCAGAGCUUUUGGAAUUAACAGGAGGCAAGGGUUCCCUAAUCCCUAUGAUCCAAGGAAUUCUGCAGAUCAAGAUCCUAAAAUAAUUAAAUUAAUGAAAGAUUACUCCUUAGAAUCCUUAAAUAAACAAGGACUCACAGAGAGUGAUAAUAACAUUAGAGUCCAACUUGCCUUAGUUAACUGGAAAAUGGAAAAACUCAAGGAACUUAAGGUUCAGGAAACAGUUAAAAAGGCAGUUCAAAAAUUCAAAGAGCUUCUUGAAAAUAAAAGAAUUAGGGAGGGAACUAUUGUUAUUGGUGGUGGUAUUCAUGACACUCUCACUCCUCCAGGCUAUAUUAUGCCCUGAGCAGGUAACAGAGACUUGGUUACUAACACAAUCGAUCCUGAUAAUUUUGUAUCUGUUGAUCUUGAUCAAGAAGACCAAUACAAUAGAAGCAUGUUGAGGAAACGAUUUGGUCUUGCAUCCUCAUGAAAUUAUGACCUAAAGAGAAGAUAAAAUU